UGUUACUGUUACGUAGCUAGGCUAACAGUUAGCCGUCCUGUGUGCUGCAGGAGGUGUGUCAGUGCCGCUGCGGGUUCGAUGGUCUCACCCUCCAGGCUUCGUCUGGUUUGGCGUUUUGUCAACAGUAGGAUGGGAGACAUGGCCUCUAAAGCCCAGAUGCCGACUCCAGAGACAGCGCUGCCCGGGCGGACUGAAAGCAUCCGAGUCUCCGCCAAACACGAUGUGAACGGAAACAAGACUGUUCCACCUUUCCCAGAGGGGACAGAGAUGGCCAUGUUUGGCAUGGGCUGUUUCUGGGGAGCAGAGAGGAAGUUUUGGAGACAGAAAGGAGUGUAUUCCACCCAGGUGGGCUACUCUGGAGGAUACACACCCAAUCCCACCUACAAGGAAGUCUGCACAGGUAAGACAGGCCAUACUGAGGUGGUGAGAGUUGUCUUCCAUCCAGACCAGAUCAGCUUCUCCAACCUGCUCAAGGUUUUCUGGGAAAGCCACAACCCGACUCAAGGGAUGCGUCAGGGGAACGAUAUUGGGACGACGUACCGCUCUGCCAUCUACACCUACACAAAGCAGCAGCUCGAGGAAGCUUUGGCCUCCAAAGAUCAAUACCAGAAGGUGUUAACAGAGGAAGGUUUUGGUCCAAUCACAACAGAAAUAGCUGAAGCCAAGCCGUUCUAUUACGCUGAGGAUUACCACCAACAGUACCUGAGCAAGAACCCUGAUGGAUACUGUGGCCUGGGAGGGACGGGAGUCUCCUGCCCAAUAGGAAUCAAGAAGAAGGCUUAGACAACCAACGGCUGCCAAGGAUCAUCUCUAAUCUGUAGAGUAAGGAUGCAAUGAUGGCGUGAUUUUUAAGCUGUAAAAUAGUUAGAAAUGCAAAAAAAAAAAACGUUUUAAAUAUGAUUGUAUCAGGGUUUUGUACCUUUUAUGGUGCAUUAAGGUACAUCAGUAAUAUUCAAACUGCCUCACACCUGAUAAUGCCAGUACCUCUCACGAUUAAGACCCAGUUUUCCAUAAAAGCAACUUUGAUUUCUACCUGAUGUGACUCAACACGACAUAAACUGCAGUUUAGAGGCUGAUUCAGGCUGAAAAUAUGAUGCAACACAUCACAUCUUUGGCAAAUGUUGUACAACUUCAUGUGUUGGAUACAUAAAAUUGUAUAUAACCUAAAUACACACAGGUGUGUAAAAUGGAGAGAAUGAAAUAUGGUGAAAAAAGUGGUUAACUCUCACUCAGUCUCAGCACAAAAUCUAUUUAAGAAAGAAUUAAAUGUAGUGCUGACAGAGUGUUGUAGUUCACAUUUAGCUGUUUUUUCAUAUGAGACAGAUUUUUGCAGAAUUUUAUUUUUGAUUUAUCCACUGUUUUUAAUUGCAGUUGCAAAUUAAAUUUAUAUUGUUUUGCUCAGAUUUCAUCAUAAGUGAUGAUUAUUUAAGAUGGGGUUGCUUUGAAACUGAUGCAGCUUUCCUUUUAAAAUUAAACAUUAAACGCUUCUGAAAUCAGAA